CAAUGGAGGAAAGAGGGAAAAUGUCUCCACUCGAUGGGAGACCAACACUGCAUGAAUUGACAUGGCAUAUUAAAGUGCCUGUGAAGUGGCAUGAUUUGGGAGUUGAGCUGCAGCUGGAGCCUCGGUCUCUAGAUGCAAUUGAUUUUAGCAAGCGCCCUGCUGAAGAAAAAUCGUGUGCUAUGUUUCAAUUAUGGUUGCUACGAUUUCCCAAAGCUACUCGAAGAGAUGUUCUAGAAGCUUUGAGAGUUAUAAAAGAGAAUGAUAUUGCAGAGAAAUAUGAAAAAAUAUGGAAAGAAGUUGAAAGUGAAGAUUUAGCUGAGAACAUUGAAUAUUCGAUUGAGAGAUGCUGUUCACAAAUUGAAAAACCGGCUGAAAAUGAGCGAGACUGGGCUAAGAAGUUUCAUUAUUUAAAGGAAAUGUUCGGUCGACAUGUCUUGCCACCUAUCAAGGAAUCGAUUCGUGUGGAUGAUGCCAAACGUCGCUUUCGAAAGACACUUCACAGCAACUUUGGCUGCAAUGAAGAGUUUCUAAAGGUGCACAGAUGUAAUCUUGAUAAGAUUGAUAAAGUUGAAGAUUUUGUCCAGUUCUUGAUUGAUCUCAAUUUUUCCAGUUAUCUCAACUAUCAGCACUUGAAAGAUCUUGCUGGUGAUGAUUGUGCUGCCUAUUUUUCUGAUUAUGAAAUGAUGUAUCAUGACAUCCUCAGUAAAGUUUCUUUGUCACAUGUUGCCUCUGUUUUUUGUAAUAAUCCUGAUCUUGUACCUGGAGGAAUUAUUGGUUUCCCUACUUUGAAGUUUGAGUUGAAGCAGCCAAAGUCAUAUCCCACUUUACAAGAUUGGAUAACAUCUCUUCAUCCACAGUUGCCCUCUCACAUUGCAACUAUAGAAGCUGGUGAUGACGCUGAAUCCAUCACUAUCACAUACACCAUGUAUCCCCCACAUUUUUUAUCUUGUGUGCUAUCUAUUCUUGAAGAAUCAGAGUAUGUCAAAGUUCUUUCGAGCAAAGACAUUACCACACAUUUGAAGCUCUGCAGAGUCGAAGGACAAUUAGAAUUUUCUUCUACUGAUGAUGGUACUGGUGAUGAUGCAAAUACCCAGCAGGAUCAGACGAAGAUCAAACCUGACAUUAAAACUGAAGAAAGCAAAGAGGCACAAUCACUAGCUGCGAUGAGACAAGUGGAAGCAUAUUCUGUACCUUUGCCAUCUCAGAUUCUGCAUCCUGUGGGAAUAAAAGAAUAUAAAUGCCUAAGUGACCCAGCUUUUGUUCAGUAUAAAGGUUUAUUGUUCACUACUGAAGAACUCAAAGAAAAACUCACAGAUCCAAACACAACAAUAAAAGUUCAGCCAGCAUUACUUUCAUUCAGUGGCCUACCUCAAAGUGGGAAAACCACAGCUGUCACAAGAUUCUUGGACAAUUAUGUUAAAGAAACCAUCCUUGAGCCAAUUAGCAGAAAGAAUUAUCGCCCAAAAGAACAUGUGGGUAUUGCUAAUUAUGAUUUGAUAGCAGUUUCCUCUUUGCCUGGUGAGGAUUACGCAGUCUCAGAAGCAGCACAAGAGUCAAGCUUUGUGUUUGGAAUUCUUUCAAUUUUCAAGAGUAUCACAAAAGCUCAAGGAAAAUUACCGUUUAUUGAUGCCAAAGCCAUACCAUUGAAGUGCUUUGAUAAUUUUGAGUUGAAUGAACAUUUUCAUCACAUGUAUGGUUUCUUGCAAUCACAAGAGUCGAUUCCAAAAAGUUUCAGUAAUGAAUGUGGAGAGCCUGUUGACAACUUUCUGGAAUUAGUUCCUGAUGGUAUUGCUCUUGUCAAUAUUUGGGAUAUGGCCUCCAGCAACACAGUACACCAUCUCUUAUCAGCACUGGAGGGUUAUCUCUUUAAUUCAUACCUGUGGCUUUUUGUUGAUCUUCAUGAUGAUCUUGAAAAGCUAGAUGAGAAUUUUGAGAUUCCGAAACGUGAUGGUGCUAUUUUGUUGAAGGAGCGAACUCGCCUUCAUUAUUUGCUUCGUUCAUGCUGGAGUACUAGGGAUAAUGAGAAGAAAAGAAGAGGAGUGUGUACCAUGUUUGCCAAGCAUAGAUCAACAGAGCCAGCAGCAUUUUAUGACAAAGUUAAUGAGUUAGAAGAUAAAGUUCAGCCAGUAGCUAAUCACAUUGGUGUUUCAGAGCUCUUAGAGCACACAAUAGAAAGCAUCAAUUUGGAUAUUGGUCACAGACGUCUUCAUGAAAAGUUCCAGCGCAUUCUCAAAGAUAAAACAACGUCUGAUAACAUACCUAUUUCUUGGCUCUUCCUUCGUAGCCUGUUUUAUCGUUUUAAAAAGACAUUUGUCUCAAAAGAUGAUUUGAUGGAAAUGGCAAAAGAAUGCAGAAUGGAUGAAGACUCAGUUAAUAAAUUUUGCAAAUUCUUCACAUCAUUUGGAAGCAUAAUUGAUCUUAGUCUUGUCAAUGCUAAUUACAGGUAUGUCAUUGUUAAGCCUGUUACCUUCUUAAAGUUACUUGACAAGUUUUUCAAUCUACAAAAUGAUGCUUCAUGCAACCAUGGCUUAUGGAAUCGUUCCAGAAAAAGUUUGUCGAAAAAGUUUCAAGGAUGACUGGCCAAUUUUCAUGGAUGCUCUUGAAUGCCUUAAUUUAGCAACACCUGUUACAACUCGUUUGCUACAAAUGCCCACUGAUGUUCCUCUUGAGCGUAGAGGCAAUUACUACUACAUUCCUCUGUGCUGCACUGGUCCUUUGAUUGAUGAGCCAGAUCCAUACUCAGUGCAUCUCCUCACCAACAUCAAUACACCUCAUUUUUUUAAGCAAGUGUCGUUUGCCAAGCAGCUGCUUGACACUUUGCCUGAGCCUGUACUGGUUCCUUGCAAGAAUAUGAACCAUACAAUCAUCAAAAAUUUAUCUACUGAAACAACAAUUACCAUCUCAUCUCACGUACCAGCUAUUAAGCUGAAAGUUGAUAAGCCAAAUGAAGAAAUGUGUGCAUUCAUCAUUCAAGCCACAGAAAAGAUAGCACAGCAAAGUCAUAUACCUGUGAAGUACAAGUUUGUUCAAUUUUGCACUAAAAGUAGCAUAAUGAAAGUCGAGUCUCUACCUUCUGCUUUGUAUCAUCGUCUUCCAGAGAGCAUGUGUAAGAAAUGUCAAAAGGAUGGGAAUUUUAACAAGCUAUUGUUAACAGCCUGGACAAAAGCAUUGCGCAAGAAUCAAAUACCAGAUGAUUUUAAAGCAACUGGAGAAAUUGGAGGUGCUGAGCUGUCUGAAAUUGCAA